AGCCGUUCGAGAUUUCGUUAGAAUGUCAAAUAAUGUACAGCUAUACGUCUACGACCUGAGCAAUGGUCUUGCUAGGCAACUCUCUCUGCCGCUUACAGGAAAGCAGAUAGACGGAAUCUGUGCAGGCAUACUUCUGUAGUUGUCUUCCGUAGGGAAGUAUUUUACGGCCAAGGAAUCUUGAUAACUGCCCCAGGACGGUCGCACCAUGGAAAGCCCCUGCACAUCAUAGAUGUUGGAGAUACUUCGAUAGAUGAAGAUACUUUCGAAGAAUACCUUAAUGAGAUGAGGGAACACUACACAGCCGACAUGUAUCAUUUGUUAGACUUCAACUGCAAUUCCUUCACUAAUGACUGUGUCGGAUUUUUGACCGGACAAUCCAUCCCUGCAUGGAUUCAAGACCUGCCUUCAGACUUCCUAUCGACGCCAUUUGGAGCAGCCCUCCGUCCCACCAUUGAUGCUAUGUUUCGCCGUCCUGCUCCUGGAACCGCCAACCCUCCAGCCCAGCCCUCUCCCCAGGCAGCAGCCGCAGCCGCGGCUGCGGCUCCCGAUCCGGCCCUCGCAUCGACGCUUCUGCAAGCAGUUGCCGCUCAGGCUUUUGCUACUGACGGCGCACCGUCAACCUCGUCUCUUACACAGUCAGCUCAGAGUGUUACAGAGGCGGCGUCGAGCGAAACAGCUACCGCGCCGAUACAUAUGUGCACUAACCCUACUUCCUUCCACAAUACCCUGAGGACGCACAGAGCAGUCGUUGCAUUCUUCACGUCGCAGACUUGCCCACCUUGCAGGAUGAUUGAGCCUACCUUCGAGAGACUUGCUCAUGAGAAGACUCAGGCUGCAGGUAUUGGUGGCGGGGGCGGAAUUGCUUUCGUCAAGGUCGAUAUUGGUGCCGGUAUGGGUCAUGCUAUAGGUGCCGAGUACGGCGUUCGGGCGACCCCAACCUUCAUCUUCUUUAAGGACAGCAGCAAGACUCAUCAGAUGAGCGGAGCGGAUGUCGCGGAACUCAAGACGCAGGUAGAUUUUCUCCUUUGGGAGGCAUAUCCUCCACACCCGCAUACUCAGAAAUCUUUGCCAAGUCUAGACUCAGUCUCAACAGACCCAAUUUUAUUCACACAAGUCCCGAAUCUGGACGUCGUCCUCAACAAGUUAUCCUCGUUUAUAGAUAGUACAAACCCACCAAUACCCUCCUCAGCGAAGACGGCACUUUCUGCGGAAGUAAUUCCUGCUCUGAAAGCGCGCUUUACUUUCAAUUCUACCGCCAAAUCCGGCCCAUCUCCUUCGACGACAGUUCUGAACAAGUGGACGGAGAUUACCCGAACGCUGUCUGUACCCCUGCCCGCUGCGCAGCUUUUCCCGCUUGUCGACCUCUGGCGGCUCGCGCUGCUUGAUGGCGCGGUCGGUGUAUUCUGCGCUUCGGCGUCCGGCGGCUCCGCAGAUCCCAUACAGAUGCUCCUCGUCAAGGCUCUCGCUCUUCUGAGCGGCGCACCCGACGCUGCGCGGAACUACUUCCUCACGCUCUUGCGCCUCUUGUCGAACGCAUUUGCCUUCCCAGCCUUGGCACGGACCCUCCUGAGUGGCAUGGGCAAGCGCAAGAGCGUGACAUCGCUCCUCGUGCACAGUUUGCUGCAUGCGGACAGCCCCGUCCGCACCGCGGCAGCAAGCCUCGCGUUCAACGUCGCUGCCUUCAUACAGAAGGAGCGCCUGGAACAGGUGCGGAGGCGUUACGGGCCGUUCGCGACCUCAGAAGAGGACGGCGACUGGGAAGUUGAAGUGAUCAGCGCUGUGCUGGAAGCGUUGCAGAACGAGACGCAGAGCGAGGACGUCGUUCACCGGCUGACGGCGUGCCUUGCAUUUCUCUUAAGAUUCUCGCCUGUGUACGACUCACAAAUCGGGUCUCUGCUCGAGGUUCUGCAGGCCAAGGAUACCCUGAAGUCGAAGCUGGCGCCAGGUGGUUGCGGUGUAGAAGGGGUCAAGUCGUCUAACCUGAGGAAGCUGAUUACACAGGUUGCGGACAACCUAUGCUAGAUGCAUCGAACGCACUCUGUCGCUUCUCACCUUCCGUCUAGUUUUUUUUUUUGCGCUGCGAGGCCAUUUGAAUCUAUUAGAACUAAUGCGAACAGUGGUUAAUUAUGGCAUGGUGUAUACGCGAUGGUAUAGACAGUGG